UGGAUCCGCUCACUGUUCGCCGUUCAAAGCAAACUUUAUUUCCUUCAUACACGUAUUACUGUAUUAUCAGAUUCCUAAUGAAUAAACUCCGACCUGACUAAUCUGAGGAGAUGGGAUUAUUAAACAUAGAAGAGCAGUCGCUCCUGGUCCAGGCAGUGUUCAGCCAGAAUGCUGAAAUGGUGGAAUUUUUGUUGGAACAAAUGGAAGAAGUGGAUGAACUGGACCAAGAGUGCCGCACCGCCCUUCAUGCUGCAGCGUAUGUGGGUGGAGUUCAUAUCAUGGAGAUCCUCAUCAGUUCAGGUGCUAAUGUUAACGCUAAAGACCAGGAGUGGUUGACUCCUCUGCAUCGGGCCGCUGCCUCACAGAACGAAGGCUCUGUUGUGCUUCUGCUGAGGAAGGGAGCAGAGGUGAACACACAGGACAGGUUCUGUCAGACGCCACUACAUGUAGCUGCAGCCAACAGAGCCACGGAGUGUGUGGAUGCCCUGCUUCCCUACAUGAGCUGCAUGAAUGUAGCCGAUCGGUUUGGGAGAACGGCUUUACAUCACGCCGUCCACAGUGGACAUGCAGAGACAGUGACCAUGCUUCUAAACAAAGGGACCAACCUGAGUGCCAGAGACAUAAAGGACAGGCAGCCCAUCCAUCUGGCUGCUCAUCAAGGGCAUCUGGAGGUGGUGGAGCUCUUAGUAGCGCGCAGUGCUGAUGUGUCCUGCAGGGAUAAGCAGGGAUUUACACCUCUGCAUGCAGCGGCUCUUAGUGGACAUGCUGAAGUGGUCAAACACCUCCUGAAACAUGGAGCACAGAUUGAUGAAGCAGAUGUUUCUGGUAACAGUGCUCUCCACAUGGUUUGUUAUGCUGGGGAAGAGGUUAUAGCCAGUCAGCUGGUUAACUGUGGUGCCAAUGUUAACCAUUCGAACACCCGCGGCUGCACAGCGCUUCAUCUGUCUGCCGUGUCCAGCGACGGCGCCCUGUGUCUGGAGCUGCUGGUCAACAACGGGGCGGACGUUAACAUUACGAAUAAAGAUGGGAAGAGUCCUUUGCAUAUGGCCGCCACUCAGGGACACUUCACUCGUUCCCAGAUACUCAUUCAGAAUGGUGCUGAGGUGGAGUGUGUUGAUAAAUGUGGUAAUACUCCUCUUCACGCCGCUGCUAAACAUGGUCACGAGUUGCUCAUCGGUUUACUCUUGAAUAACGGUGCAGAUGUGGCCAGGCGAGGCAUUAAUGGGAUGACUCCGUUGCACUUGGCGGUGUUUUACGGAUUUUCAGACUGUUGUGGAAAGUUACUCUCCUCAGGGUUUGACAUAAACACACUGGACAGCCUGGGAAGGACAUGUUUGCAUAUUGCUGCUUCAGGCGGAAAUGUUGAAUGUCUUAAAUUGCUGUUGAACAAUGGUGCUGAUUUGAGUAAAAAGGACAACUUUGGAAGGUCUCCAUUGCACCACACAUCAGUGAACGGCUCAUAUCUGUGUACAGUGGCUCUGGUGAAAGCUGGAGCUGAUGUUGAUGAACUGGAUGUGAAUGGAUGCAGUCCUCUGCACUACGCAGCUGCUGCCCAAACCUCACACAGAUUUGAGCAGAACUGUCCUGACAAAGAACCCAGCAGUGAUCGUGACGAGGAGGCUCUGUGGUGUUUGGAGUUUCUUUUGCAUAGCGGUUCUGAUCCAACGCUGCGUGACAGUAAAGGCUUCAGUCCAGUCCACUACGCAGCGGCCCGUGGAGACAAACACAACCUAAAACUGCUAAUAGAAAUGUCUUUCAAAUGUGUGGAAGAUCUGGAGAGUUGCAUUCCUGUGAGCCCUUUACACUUAGCGGCGUAUAACGGUCACACUGAAGCUCUUCAGGUGCUCUCUGAAACACUGGUGAAUGUGGACUUGCAAGAUUCGAGGGGUCAUACGGCGGUGUAUUUGGCGGCUCUGAGAGGUCACGACCCCUGUGUGGAGCUGCUGCUGCUUCAGGGCGCCUCAUACGCCAUCAGGGAGCACAUCCACAGGUGGACACCCCUACACGCUUCAGCUGCCAAUGGCCAUACUGACUGCCUGCUCAUGCUGUUGAAAAGAGCUGAAAAAGAUGACAUAAUUGACGUCAUGGACAUACAUGGACAGACUCCACUGAUGUUGGCCACACUGGGCGGUCACGUUGACUGUGUCCACAUGCUGCUCGAGAGAGGAAGUAAACCAGACACUGGAGACCGGAGAAGCCGCACUGCUUUACAUCGCGCAGCAGUUGUUGGGAAUGAGGAGUGUGUGUCCGCACUGCUGGUGCAUGGAGCCUUCGCUCUGUGCCGGGACGCUCAUGGCAGAAGCCCUUUGCAUUUGGCUUCCUCUUGUGGUCAUGCGGGACUAUUGCGGCCCUUACUGGAUGCAGCGUCACUUUCAGACCCCCUUGACUCUCUGCUAGACUACAGUGCUUACACACCCACUCACUGCGCUGCUUACCAUGGGCACAAUGACUGUCUCGAAGUUUUACUUGAAUAUAGACCAUCAAGCUUCCAGGAAGGAAAUGCCUUCACACCAUUGCACUGUGCACUAAUCACUGGUCACGAUGGUGCCGCUCAACUGCUUGUUGAAACUAUAGGACCAAAGAUCAUGAACCUCAGAGAUGCCAAAGGAAGGACUCCACUACAUGCAUCUGCACAUGCAGGAAAUACGGCAGCACUGCAUCUGGCGUUGGCCUCCGGUUCAGAUGUAAACUCAGUUGAUUACACCGGACGCUCUGCAUUAAUGGUUGCUGCUGAAAAUGGGCAUACGUCUGCUGUCGACAUCUUGCUUCAUCAGUCCAGGGCGAACCUCUCACUUCUGGACAUCGACAGAAACUCGGCACUUCACAUGGCUUGUAGAAGAGGUCAUGAAAUGUGUGCUCUUCUCAUUCUGGCUGAGAUUGACGACCCCUCGCUCAUCAAUGCCACAAAUAGUGCACUUCAAACGCCUCUGCAUAUUGCAGCAAGAAAUGGUCUUGCCACGGUGGUGGAGGUUCUGCUUACUCGAGGUGCAGCGCUUCUGGCCCUGGAUGAAGAUGGUCAUACUCCAGCGUUGGCGUGCGCUCCAAAUAAAGAUGUGGCGGACUGCUUGGCUCUCAUCAUUUCCACUAUGAAGCCUUUUUCUGCUGGCACCAGCUGUGGCAUCAGUCUGAUGAAGCACUGUGGCAUUGCUGUAUCCCAUCAGCCCUUGUCCAACAUACAACUGAUUACAGAGGAACCGUAGGACUGAGUGAACACCACACUAUAUACCUUUAACAAACUGCACCGCUCCUUCCUAUCCAGACUGAAGGUAUUAGAAUGUACUGUCUAUUAUACAUCGCUACUGUUUUAUCAUCAUGCAGUAUAAACAGUAACAUAUUAAUUUGUAGUGCAAUAAAUCUUUAACAAAUGCCA